AAUGUCCAAGUCCUGUCAUUUUAUUAAUGCUCUCAGCUCCUUACCAUUAUUACAUAGUACAAAAGCUCUCAUUAAUGGAGUAUUCAAGCUUCAUCUUGAGAGAAGUAGAGUUGAGGAGAAGGGAAAAGUCCCUAAACAUGUUGGAAACCCUUCGAUUUAGAGGGGAACGGGGUUAAUGUGAAAACCCACCCUAACGGGCCAAACGGCCGAAAUGAGCCCAAAGGUGCAAAACAUGUCUGAUAGAUUGAAAUGAGCCCCGUCAUUCGGGCUCCGUACUGGGCGAUGUCAUUUUAUUAAUGCUCUCAGCUCCUUACCAUUAUUACAUAGUACAAAAGUUCUCAUUAAUGGAGUAUUCAAGCUUCAUCUGAGGGAAUCUGGCGACUCACGGGGAGGCCGACUUCAAAGCCGGCGAAGUUUAUGAGAACAAAUCGUCUAGAGUUGGGUCUUCUAUCCUUUUCAGUUCUAUCAUCGCCCCUAUUUCAGAGAAAGACCAACAACACUCAAAUUCGUCCAGACUCAUUCAGUCACCAGAGGGGAUCUGCUAUGGUGUGGGGAUUACGCACACGGCAGGGAUUGCAGGACUGCAGACGACGCUUAGUAAAAGACCUGCCACCUGGGAACGACGCCUCAUGGAGAAUCGCAUAUGCAGACGGUCUGGGAAUGACGGCUCAUGGAGAAUCGCAGAUGCAGACUAUCGUUGGAGAAGCUGUCGACGACAGAGCAAGGAGUUUUCUCAAUCCCAGCGAGCUCCUGCCGGGCGGCGACUCAAGAGGGAUCCGAUUGCAAGCAGACGACGCAGGUCAAGCUUCAAUAUCGGAGGGCGUCUGUCACCUAAGGAGUACACUCAUUUCUGCACUAAUUCUUUAAAACCACCAGGGAGGUUUACACACUGUUCUGAGGGCUUUAUUGAAAGCAAGUAUUUUUCCUUUCAAACAUCAGAUUCAUUCAUUUGCAUUACAGAAAGUAAAAAUGGUUUAUUUUCUAGCAUUGAAUUUGAUAGUGAUGGUGCCAACUGGUUGAAUGAAUCUUUGCUAAAGCUUCGGCCCGGAAAAGUCAUAUCAAGACUGGUUUUAAGCAAAUGUAUUACACUCCUUUUGGAUGGUAACUAGAUUCUCACCCGUGCGAUGCACGGAUGAAAGUUUAGCAAUGUAUGAUGAAGAAG